CGCCGAGGCGUGCAGCAGUCAGCGCAUCAAAGCAGCAGCAGCAGAACAAAGUGAACGAAGCAGACACAAUAAUUUUGACGUGUUUAAGCAAAAGAAGCAGCAGCAGCAACAACAACAACGACAAAGCAUUUUGUGUAGUUAAUUUAUUCAUUGUGUGAUUGUGCGUAUUGGCAAAGAGAAAGUCUUGAGUCAUCUCUCUGGCAUAUAAGACAUAAAAAUUACAAACAAUUGUGCAAUUUGUGCAUAUAAAUAAAAACAAAGAACAAGUUUUUCGUCAACUACAACGAACGAACUCUCUCGAUCCUAUAAUGGCCGUGGCCUUCUAUAUACCCGAUCAGGCGACGCUGCUGCGCAAGGCGCAAGAGCAGGAAAAACAAUUGCUGCGACUACGUCAGUGGCAAAUGGCCACAGUGAUGUUGAAUACCAUACGCCAGCUUAUGGAUUCCAACUCACUGACCAGCCAGUGUCUGCAGCGAGCGGGACGCAAGUGUUGCAAGUGGCGCAAACCGUCGCAAUAAGCACCGCAAUCUGAGUAAACCACCAACUAACAAUAGCAAC